GCUCAUAUAAAAACCAGCCCCGAAACUUUGAUCGAUAACAUUUAACAAGUGAUGGAGGACGUUUCGUGACCGUCGAGCCAGUCGGAUAUAAUCUUUUGUGGACGAGCGCUAUUGUGGUGGAACCGGAAGAGGAUUUAUUCUGGAACAAGUGCCGCUCGUCGGCUUCUAUGUGAAUCAGCUGACAGCAUGGGGAUACUGCUGUUACUUGCUGUCAUGCAAGCGGUGACUAUCACUUUGGUGAUCGCAGAGUGUCCGGCGGCGUGCGAGUGCGCGUCCGCGGCGCCGCCGUCCUGUCCCCCGGGCGUCAGUUACGUGCCGGACGGAUGCGGCUGCUGCAAAGUGUGCGCCGCGCAGCUGAACCAGGACUGCCACGAAGGACGGCCCUGCGACCACCAUAAAGGCCUGGAGUGCAACUACGGCAACGACGUCGGCCGUACCCACGGCAUCUGCAGGGCAAAGGCAGAGGGCCGCUCCUGCGAAUACAACGGGCGCAUCUAUCAAAACGGUGAGAAUUUUCGAGCCGGCUGCAAGCACCAGUGCACCUGCAUCGACGGGGCAGUGGGUUGCGUGCCCCUCUGCCCCGGCCACGUGCCCCUGGCGUCACCCGCCUGUCCGGCCCCACGCCUGGUCAAGGUGCCGGGCCAGUGCUGCCUCAGCGUCGACUGCCACAAGGGAACAAGCGCGGCGCCACCGUUGCACCGCCGACCUCCGCCGUACCCCUUCAUCCCGUACCCGGCUUACCCUUACGCAAAGCCGUACGCAAAACCUUAUCAGAAGCUCUACCACUACAAACCCCAAAACCGGAUGGACACACUGGGAAACGAGCUCGUGGAGGUUGGCGGCAAAUGGGACAAGCCGCGCGGCAACAAGCACCUGGCGGCGUGGAGGCAGUGCGCCGUCCAGACCACUUCCUGGUCCCAGUGUUCUCGCAGUUGCGGGAUGGGCAUUUCCUCUCGCGUUACCAACGACAACGCUCGCUGCAAGCUGAUCAAGGAGAGCCGUCUGUGCAACAUACGGCCCUGCAGCUCCAUGGCGAUCCCAGCCAAGAAAGGAAGGAAGUGCUCCCGAACCCACAAGGCCCCCGAGCCGCACCGUCUGUCCUACGCCGGCUGCAGGAGCACUCGCCUGCACAGGCCCAACUACUGCGGAGUGUGCCGAGACGGCCGCUGCUGCUGGCCUCGUCGCACGCGCACCGCCGCCGUCACCUUCGCCUGCCCCGACGGCGAACGCUUCACCAGAUCGGUCAUGUUCAUCCAGUCAUGCAAGUGCAGCGACGAGUGUCACCAUCUCAACGAGGCGGCCAUGCCCCCGCAGCUAUGGCUCUACGGAGACACACACAAGUUCAUUGACUAGUGGGCUGACUAGCUUCCUCAGACCCUACAUUCCUAUUUAAAAACAAACAA